GGCGCUCGGGGGCCGCGGUCCCGCCGGCAGCGCCCGCCAUGUUUCCCGGCAGCCCGCCCUGUCCGCCGCCCGCCUGAGCCUCCCGGCGGCCGGCCCGGCCCGGCCCGGCGGCCGCCCGCCUCCGCCGCCGGUCGCCCCUGGGCUGCUGGCUAAGGCGGCUUCCUGAGGGAGAGCUGAACUCGUCCAAAUCGCAGCGGUCAUCGCCUUCUCUCUCCAGGGACGCUCGAAAUCAGAAGCAACUCCUGAAAAUUUGUCCGUGUGUGGCAGUGGUUACCAUCCGGUUACCUCCGCGGGGAUUCAGCCUGCCAGGUCCACUCCCAGAGGGUCCGGUGCGGAGGAGGCUCCCUUGGCUGCUGGUGCCGAAGGAGAGGUCGGCUUGGGCUGGGAAGGACCCUUGCUCUGGUAAUGGGAACACUGGUCUGAGGUCUGCAAGGGGAGCCCUGACUGCAUAGCGGAGAUUUGUAUCACCCAGCUGAGGACAAGGAAGAAUAAACCAGAGCUGAUUCACUUCCAUCCCACGGGAGUGCUCCUGGGAGGCUUGGUGCCUUGGAGGAGAGAGGAUGGCUCAGGAGACAAACCAAACCCAGGUGCCUCUGUUGUGUACCACAGGCUGUGGGUUUUAUGGCAGUCCCCGGACCAACGGGAUGUGCUCUGUUUGCUAUAAGGAGUUUCUGCAGAGACAGCAGAGCAGUGACCGGAUAAACCCCCCAGCACCCAGUGGUCCCAACAGCAGCCCCAUGGCUUCAGAUUCAAUUGCAGGGCAGCGUGCAGAGGGAGACUCCACACCUGAGGAUGCGAAAGCCAGUGCUCAGACUCCUGUGACCCAUCAGAUGACGGCCAUGAGCAUAUCCAGAGAAGAAAACAGCAGUGAGACCGAAGAAUUUAUCAAGACAGAAGAGGCCUCAUCAGCAUCUUCCUCAUCAGGCACCCUGCUUGAAAUAUCCCAGAACAAAGCUGAGGGCAAGACAGCUUCAGAAAAACCGAAACAGAAGAAGAAUCGCUGUUUCACUUGCCGGAAGAAGAUAGGGCUAACUGGCUUCGACUGCCGCUGUGGGAACCUGUUCUGUGCCAUUCACCGGUACUCCGACAUGCACGCCUGCCCCUACGACUACAAGGCAGAAGCUGCUGAGAAGAUCCGUAAGGAGAACCCCAUCGUUAUCGCUGAGAAGAUCCAGAAGUUGUGAAGGGGGCUGAGCAGCUCGAACUGCAGCCAGGCGGCCUGGUGCUCCUCCCCUUCCUCCCAGCCUUCCUCCUCUUCCUCCCAGCCCCAUCGCUGGUGUGAUGGGGACUCCAGCAGCACACAUGAACCAGCAUCAGGACAUGGGGAGUCCCCACACCUCUUUGGCAGACAGUUGGCGUUCCUUCUCUCCCUUCCUGCCUGUCCAACAGCCACAGCUCAGCUGAUCCCUUCUCAACUAGCUUCCCAAAGGAAAAGGGACCAUCCUGCCCCACCGCUCCAGUGUUAAGACCUUCGGACUUGUCUUCCGCCGGGGCAGUUUGUGCGGUGCUGGCAGCAGGGCUCUGCCAGGCAGCCUUUCCCUUCAGCUGACAGCUCUGAGUCCUGCGAACCACCUGGGACUCGCAGCUGGAGCCCAUGAGCAGCCGCUGGACUUUGUUCCCUUUGCCCCACCAUCUCUUUGUGGCGGAUGUAAAACUGGGAGCUGGGAAAUCCCAGCAGCAAGGCUGCCUUCUGCUCCCUGAGCAGUGUUUGGUCUCAGAUGCAGAAGAGAUGAUUCUGUAGAUUUAACGUCCCAAAUACGCCUCUCCUCCCUUUGAGACACUGUUGUUGAAGCACCGAGGUGGUUAAGCAGCAGAGUACUGGCACAGUAAAGUUAUUUUGUGGCUUGAAGUGAUGUAGAUGUGCUCCAGCCACAGGUCAGGACCUUUAGGAAAGUACUGCUCGCUGCCUCGUGCCUCUUGCCGCAGGGAGGGAGCCAGCCUGCUGCGUCCAGGGAUGUGGCUGGGCUGUGGGACACCCUUGCACCAGCCUCCCAUCCUUCAACACCCCCUGAAUAACUGCUGGCCGCUUCCCAAGUGAGGUUUGUCGUAAUGCAGUGGUGCCUGCGCCUCUCCUCUCCCCUCUGCUCCCUGCCUUCUGCCUUACACGAUUCUUUCUCAUCAGGGUUGUGCACAAAGCUCAGAUCGUCAAACCUCCGCUUCCUUUCCUGUCCCUGCAUGCAGGCGGAUGGCGGAGACCCUUCCUCCCCCGUGGGCCACGCUGAUGCUCAGCGAGAGCCUUUCUCCCCUAUGAGCACGUUGGCUUGGGAAGCCCACCCAACUGCCCUGCUCUCCCGCCUCGCUGCUUGUCCCUGUGGGAUGAGAGGCAGGGCCGGAUCCCCAGGAGAUGCUCCGAAAGCUGGAUAGAGGGAGCUGCGGCACAGGGAAAGGCACGUAGAGGGCUGCAGGGCAUGUGAAAAGUCACGAGCAGGGUCCUGGGGUGCCCAGAAGUACAGGCGGGGGCUUUCAGAAAAGCCCAUGGAGAGCCCUGGGGAGCAGGGAGAGACACUUGGAAGGCUCUGGGCCCGCUGAAAGACUUGUAGAGAUCUUGGGGGUGCUGGAAGGCUCAGGGAGGGCUCCGGAGUGCAAGGGAAAGCAAAAGGAGAGCUUUGGGGUACACUGAACAUGCUCAGAGGACUCAAGUACCCCAAAAGGCACCUGGAAGGCUCUGGGCUGCACACACACAUGCACACAUGUGGAAGGCUCUGGGUUGCAGGGAAAGCCGGAUACUGGGCUCGGUAGCACUCCAGAAAAAACACAUGGAGGGCUCUGGGGCUGUUAGAAAGGAAAACUCGGGGCUUGGGUACACAGUGCAAGGCAGGCGGCAGCUCCUGGGGUGCACCAAAAGCCACCCCAGCACCAUGCAGGGUCUGCACCCACCCCGGAGGGCUCUCCUCCCUGGGAACAUCAGGAGCGGGGCUGCGGCUGCAGGGCUCUUGGCAGUCUCAAAAGCAGAGAGACCCAGAUGAGUCCCCAGGGAAAAGCAGCAGCCUCUGCCCCGCUUCUGGCCGGCCCACGCUUUGGAAGCAUUUCCCUCAGCAUCGGCUCAUAUAAGGGCGUUGGAGAGUGGAGCCGCAGGGGCCGAAUCGGCAGCUGGGGGACAUCACAGCAGCUCCUUCCAAGUGCUGUUUUCCUCCCCCGCUUACGGUGAUUGCAGGGGGAUGAUUCCGAAGGUUUCGUUUUUCCUGUCUGAUUUCAGCUGAAGUGGCGUGCGCCCUGCAGCAGCUACCGCCAUACGGCAUUGCUGGGAGGAUUCAGACCUCCAAAAAUGAUGCAAAUCCCCCACCAGCGCGGAGCGGAGGCGAGGCUGGCUCUUGCCAGCCUUUUCCUCGGGUUUUUGCUUCUCGGCAAUAUUGGCGUCACGUCCGGAGCACGCGAGUGGCGGCACGUUUUAGUGCUAGAACGCACCCGGGCCGUAAGCACGGUGCCGGCGGUGCGUGGCAAGGCUGGGUUUCACCGUUGAGGUUUUGGCUGAGAAUGAGCCGUCACUCUCAGGGAGGAAGCUGUGAGGAAUUGCAACCACUCCUUGCCUUGCGUCCGCACGAAGGUUGCGAGCCCCUGGGGAGGGGAAGCAGCUCCCAUGGGUGCAACGGGAAAGCCCAUGCGGCAGAAGGGCAGCUGCCUGCUUGUUCACCACCUACCUUUUUCCCUUUUAUUUCCUUUCUCUUCGUAAGUGUAAAUAUUAAUACAGUCUAGUUUGCUUGGA